UUCUAUUUAAGUACCGUGCGAUUUAGUCAUCGUCUUCUUCGGAUCGUGUAUUCAAAAUGGCCCAUUGGUUCCAUCGAAAUCCCCUCAAAGCUUCGAAUGUCUUGAGUUUUGAUCUUGGAAUUCAAGCAAGUACACCGCUAGCCCGAAAAAUAUGCAAUGAAACAAGAGAUGCCAGAGCAUCGCUGAUGCAGCUUCUACCAGAUCCGGGAAACGAGGUAACAGCAAUCCAAAAUGCCACAGAGAAAUACUUAUCAUUACUUGAAGGCUUCAUUGUUGCACCAGAAGGAAGUAAAACGCAGACCACAAACCCACAACAGCAGACACUGGAUGCUAAUGACCAAACGAGUCUGCAGGAUUCUGCGGGAGCCUCCGGUGGAGCUAGUGGAGGAGAAAGCAACCUGAGGCAUGCGUUCAAGGUGAAGUGGUCAAACACUUUGAUAUCUAAAAUCAUAGAACAAAAAGAUCUUUUGUUUGAGAAAAUCAGCAUCUUGAGCAAUGUAGCCCUGUGGUAUACCAAGCAUGCUGCAAAACUUGCAGGUAGCAAAGAAGAGGUUCAGGAAGAUGAGGCAAAAGAACUUCACCGUGCGUUGCGAACUGCUGCUGGGAUUUUCAAAUAUAUUCAGGAGAAACUUGUUCCACAGUUGAAGGAAGAGGCUGUUUCUAUCUCUGAUCUUGAUACAAGAAUACUGAGUGCAUACACCUUACAAUGUACAGCUGAGGCCCAAGAAGUCACAUUAGCACGAGCUAUUGAGUUGGAUCACAAAGCAAGUUUGAUAUCAGCUCUGGCGCAUGAAACUGCAAGAAUGUUCCAAAAGGCACGUGAUUCAUUAAAGAGUAUUGAAGACCCUGCAGUUACAAAGUGGAGCCUCUACUUCAACCUCAAGUUUGCAUUCUAUCUCUCAUAUGCUCAUUGUUACAAUGGCAAAGAGUUACUAAAUAAAGAAAAGUGUGGAGAAGCUAUUCGUUCGGUUAAGGAAAGUGUUUCAGUGUAUGAAAAAAGUAGAUUACUGUGUGAAGAGUAUGCUAAAGCAAAGGGCCCUGGGACUAUUGCAAAGCCAGAACAACACUUGUUCUUUAGAAGGUUUGGUUCAGAAGUGAAAAGAAAUCUGGAAAAGGUGGAAAGAGAGAAUUCAUUCAUAUAUUAUCAGAAGGUUCCAGAAGAGAUACCUGAACUUGAGUUAAAGGCUACAUACGGAUUGGCCAGCCCUCAGGAGUUUGACUCGCCCAGCUUAAGCCCGAACUGGACCCCUCAAAUCUACGAAGGUUUCCACAUGUCACCCUACUCCGCCCCACUUCAAAAGGAUGAGCAAGUUACACCUGUCAAAGAGAAGGACAUCAAACCAACGGAUAAAGAACCAAGCAACAACAGUGGCUGUGUUGUCUCAUAGAUCAUCUCUGUAAUCAUUUCAUCAUGAUCUUUGUCACCAAUAUUAUAAUAUUAUCUUUAUCAGUGUUAUAUUUAUCACACCUAUCAUCAUUACCAUCACUCUCAUCAUUAUCACCAUUUCAUAAUAAUCUUUGUCAGUGAUAAUAUACAGUGCACCCUCCAAUUCGAGACCCCUCUAAUUCCGAGACCCCUCUAAUUCGAGACCACUUUUUCAAAGAUCUAAAUAACAAUCUUCAAUCUUUUAACACAAAGCUAGCCCUCUAAUUGGAGACCAAUCGUGAUACCAUCGCAGAUUUUCAGGUCCCAAGAGUGGUCUCGAAUUGGAGGGUAAACUGUAAUAAUCACAAAAUAUCGUCUUUAUCUCUUUUUUCAUCACAUAUUAAUCUUUAUCAUUGUCAUCAUUUCAUUGUCAUCACAGCCUCCAUUACCAUAAUCAUUACCAUCACUAUCAACAUACACCAUCAUUAUCAUAAUAAUGAUCUUCAUUCAUCAUCAUCAUCAUUAGCAUCUUUAUCUUCAUCGUCAGUGUUGUCUUCCUUAUCGUCAUCACUUCAGCCUACGUAGCCGACUGCAGAGUGAUGAUCUCUCCAAGCUGGUCUACUUGUAUCUUUUGCACCACUUUUUAAAGUCAUCCUGUCAAUAUUGGCUUAAUGUUAUUAGAUAUAAUAUAUUU